GCCGCAGGUUCCUUGCCGGACAACGCCCCGGCCUGACUUGGCUGUGACGUGACCUGCUCCUGCGCGCACUGCCCCUCCGCCGCUCCCCUCGUUGGGCAGCUCACACAGCCCCUCAUCAUGACCAAUCCCUAUCAGCAACAGCAAGCCGGGUCAGAUUUCGACCCUCUAGCGUCUAGUCGACUGCCGCCGCUCAACGCACGCCGGCCCUCAUACGCAUCCGUCGUUUCCGGCAACCCCUCGGGCCUGACUCGUCCCACCCGGUCCGGUGGCUUUUCGCAUCUCCUCAACCCUUCACCCGAUUCCGAACAACAGAGACAGGCCAGCGGGCUGUACUCGUCCGGCAUGGCGUACGCACUCAAUGCUCCCCCGGUCGAGGUCCCGGGCAGGGACGAAGCCGUCUCGGGCGGGGAGGAGCUAGGCGAGGACGUCUGGCCGGCACGCCUCGGAGUGAGCUUCCCGUACUUCUCGCGCGCCUUCGACCUCUACAUGUGCAGCAAAGACUCGGUAUUUCCCGACGACCCGGUCAGCAGGGAAGACAUCCGGUUCCCGUCCGCCCCCUCGAUCCCCAACAUCAGCAGCACCGGUUUCCUCUCGCCCUCGUAUCUGCGGGGCACCAUAUACCUACAAAAGCUGGAAGAGAAGCACAGAAAGAGGAUUUCUGCGGAGCGAGAUAGCGCCGUCUCUUCGAAGGGGGGGCCGGCAGCAUCUUCUUCCUCCUUGUCCGGUCGUCUCACCGCUAACGGGAGCUCGUCACAUUCGUCCGCAACCAGCUCGAAGAUCUCCGGUUCGCUCCACAGGGGCAUGGCUUUCGACGCCGCGGAGAAGCCCAUAUACCUGGCUGAGGACGACGACGCGGUUAGCCCUCUCCCCUCGAGGUGGAACAAGGACGAUAAGGAAGCGGCUCUGGAGGUCCUGGGUGACGGCUAUGAGGUCAGGCACACGGGAAGGGCGUCGAGCGAACACGAGGCGAGCGCGAUCCGGGCCGACCACUACAUUUCCCCGUCAUGCGGGGUGUACUAUUUCGAGAUUACGGUGCUGAACGGGCGGCAAGACAAGAUCAAGACCCCGCAGAUCGCCAUCGGUUUUGCGAGCAAAGACACCUCGACAUCUAGAGCGCCUGGCUGGGAGCCCGACUCCUGGGGCUACCACGGCGAUGAUGGCCACUCCUUCGCAUCUCAAAACGUAGGGAAAGCGUACGCAGACACGUUCGGCGUAGGCGACACGGUUGGGUGUCUAAUCAAUUUCCGGCUCAACCACGCUUUGUUUACGAAGAAUGGCCGGGAACUACCCAUUGCCUUCAAAGAUGUUCCUUUCAAGGACGUUAAGGGAAAGCUAUAUCCCAUCGUUGGCCUCAAGAAGAAGGAGGACCACAUCAUGGCCAAUUUUGGCCAGCGGCCCUUCAUGUUUGAUAUCGACGGGUACAUGAAGAGGCAACAGAGUAUGAUUGAGGACGAGAUCCGCCUUGCCGACACGUCCAAACUCGUUCCCGGGCUGUCGGAGACCGACCUCAUUCAGCAGCUGGUCCUCCAAUUCCUGCAGCACGACGGAUAUGUUGAGACAGCGCGCGCCUUUGCAGAGGAGCUGCAGGCCGAGAAGACGGCUCUCCAGCUCGACCCGCAGGCGCCUGUCAAGGGCAUCAGCAUCCGCGACGACGAGGACGCGCACAACCGGCAGCGUAUCCGGCGCGCCGUGCUCGAAGGCGAUAUUGACCGCGCCAUGAAGUACACGGAUGCCUGCUAUCCGACUGUCCUCCGGGACAACGAGCAGGUCUACUUCCGUCUGCGGUGUCGCAAGUUUAUCGAGAUGAUUCGCAAAGAGGCCGAACACAACCUGUUGCUCGAGGAGCGGAGAAGCGGCCACAUUAACCCCAAGGCACUGGCCUCUGGCGACACCGACGAGGAAAUGCUUGAGGCUAGCGCUGGCGACUUCGGCGGCACCUCCGCUAAUACUAACGGGAACGGCGAGGAUAUGGACAUGGCCAUGGGCGAUGCAGAUGGUAGCGACGACAAUGACCUGGCUGCUGGGCUUAGCAAGCUAUCGCAGGAGGCGCUAGUGUAUGGCAUGGAACUGCGCGCAGAGUUCGCAGCCGAUCAGGAUCCAGAGGUUGCCAGGCAGCUGGACGAGAUCUCAUCCCUCUUUGCGUACCCCAAUCCGCUGAAGGUCAAGGAGGUGGCGCACCUGCUGGAUGGGAGUGGACGAGUGGCGGUGGCCGAGGCAUUGAAUAGUGCCAUUCUAACGUCCCUCGGCAAGUCGUCACGCGCAGCUCUUGAGACCGUCUACGCUCAAACCAGCGUGUUACUCGAGGAGCUCCGCAAGGACGGCGGCGACGGUGCGUUUGUCACGAUCGACAACGUCAUCCGGCAAAUCCCCCCUACUACGCUUCGUCCAGCUCGGUCGGGGAGCGGGGGCAGAGGGGUUGAAACGAUGGGGUUAUAAUGCGUAACAGUGUAGCCGCAGGUGGGUAGCGCGAGGGUAGUUACGUUAGCAAUGGGGAUUUCGAGGUAGUACGGCCGGUUAAGUUGGUUGGCAGGCAUCAGGAAGGUGGGGUAAUGGUUGCUCCCGCUGCUAACUUAUAUAGCG